AUGGUAAAUUAAGCUAAGCCUCCUAGAGUUGUUUAUUUUUUACCUUUAAAUGAUAGUGCUGAUACUUAAUAAUUACUGGAACAAAUAAAACAAUAUAUAAGCAAUAUUUUGUAAAAAUACGAAGAUGUUUAAAUGGGUGAAAAUAUAUAAUAAAUUAACUAAACUAGAAUGUCAUUUAAAUUCCCAUACUAUUAAUUCUUCGCACAUCCCACAUAUUUUCCUGGAUUAAUAAAAGAAAAUUUUAUAUUUAUUGCAGGAGAAUACAAAAACUUUGAGAAUAUGUUAGACUAUUGUAAAGUAGCAGAUAUAAUAUGCCCUGUAUUAUCUUGUAAGGAUACUAACUUAGAAAAACUGAAUCUAGACCCAUAUAAUAAUGCAAAUGCUUUUUCUGAUUGGGGAUAUAAAAUUUUAUCAGCAUUAAAAAUAUAAGGACUUCCUUCUACAGUAUAAGUGCUUUAAAAUAUAGCAAGUAUUCCUUAAAAUAAAUAAAAAGAAGUAAAGAAACUAUUUUAGAGAUAUUUUAUGAGUGAAUUUUAGCCAGAAUCAUUUAUAAGUAUAGAAAACGAACAAACCAUAUUUUAACUAUUAAGAACUUUAUAAGGAACAUAAUUAUAAAAUUUUGAAUGGAAAGAAAAUAGAGGAUAUAUGUUGUGUGAUGAAGUUUUAGUUAAUACAUAAAAUUAAGUUGUUGAGUUUACUGGAUUUCUUAGAGGAAGUUGCAUUAAUGCUAAUUAAUUAUUGCAUGUUACUGGUUAUGAUGAUUUUUAGAUUGAAAAAAUUGAAAUUUUAAAAAAUCCUUAUAAAAUUAAAUAGAAAAUUAAAAAAAACAUAUUUAAGUUGAUCUUAGUAUAAAAUGCUGGAGAAGAAGAAAAUAUUUAAGAAGAAGAAUUAAAAGAAAACACUAAAUAUAAGUAAUAAAAUGGAACUAUGGAUUAAAUUGAUUUAGAAAAUAUUAAUGAUGAAGAUAUUAUAUCGGUAAAUUCUUAGGAUGAUGCAUAAUAAGAGGUAGAGAGUGGAAAAAAACAAAAAAUAUUAGAACUAUUAGAAAGAAAUGAAGACGAAUUAGAAUUCGAAGAUGAAGUUGAAUACAAUACAUAACUUUAAAUUCGAGAUAGGUACGAAAAAUAUUAAGGAAUGAAAAGUUUCAAAAACUCAGAAUGGGAUGAAUUUGAAAAUUUACCUGAUCCAUAUGAGAAAAUAUAUACUUUCAAAAACUAUAUUAGAACAAAAAAAAAUGCUUAUAUUAAUGCUGAAGAAAAUGCUUUUGCUUAUGGAGGAUUUUAUAUUAAAAUUUACGUUAAAGGCUUUCCUAUUAACAAAUUGAUUGAACAUCCUAAAGAAAAACCUUUAAUUUUAUCUACAGUUUUAAAACAUGAAAGAAAAAUGACUGUAGUUCAUUUAAAAAUAAGAAGAAACAAUGAAUAUGAGGGAUAAAAUUAAAUACUUUCUAAAAAAAAUUAUUUGAUUAAUUUCGGAUUUAGAAAAGCAACUGUAAAUACAAUUUUUUCAAAAAUGUAUGCACAUAAUAGUAAAACAAAAUAUGUUAAGAAACUAAAAGAAAAAAACGCAAAUUAUAUGGCAUCUUUUUAUUAUUAAAAUAUAUACCCUCCUGCUAAUGUACUUAUAUUUGCAGAAAAUGAAAUAUAAAAAGCUGAAUUUUGUCUAAAUGGAGAAUUAUUAAAAAGUGACCCUCUAUAAAUCAUUUUAAAAAGAAUAAUAUUCACAGGAUAUCCUUAUAAAAUUAAUAAAAGAAAAUGUGUUGUGAGAUUAAUGUUCUUUAAUCCCUUAGAUAUAAAAUAUUUUUAGCCUGUAGAACUAAAAACUAAACUUGGAUUAAGAGGAAAAAUAUAAGAAUCUUUAGGAACACAUGGACUCAUGAAAUGUUAAUUUAGUAAUUUUGUUAAACCUAAUGAUACAAUAUGUAUGCAUUUAUUCAAAAGAGUAUUUCCCAAAUCAUUUUUUUGA